AUGUGUGCUUUGAGUCUGCCUGCUCCUUUGGCUGCUUUGUGUGACUGUAGCCUUGCACUGUGUAACAGGAGUCGCUGGAGCUCUGGGGUAAACGGAGGUGGUGGAGGAGGUGGAAGUGGUGGAGCAGCUGGAGGAGGUGGAGCAGGGGGUGGUAGCAGCGGAGGAGGAGGUGGCGGCGGCGGAGGAGGAGGAGGAGGUGGAAGCGGGAGUACAUCAGGCAGGUCAUCCACAGCUGCUCGUGAUUCUCGUCGCCAGACCAGAGUGAUUCGCACAGGAAGAGAUCGUGGCUCUGGACUUUUAGGUAGCCAGCCCCAGCCGGUCAUACCAGCUUCAGUCAUUCCUGAGGAACUUAUAACACAGGCUCAGGUAGUCCUGCAAGGGAAGUCAAGAAGUGUGAUCAUCAGGGAGCUCCAGAGGACUAACCUGGAUGUUAACCUCGCUGUUAACAACUUGCUCAGCCGGGACGAUGAAGACGGAGAUGAUGGAGAUGACACUGCAAGUGAAUCCUACCUCCCUGGAGAAGAUCUAAUGUCCCUGCUAGAUGCAGACAUUCACUCCGCUCAUCCCAGUGUUAUUAUUGAUGCUGAUGCCAUGUUCUCUGAGGACAUCAGCUACUUUGGUUACCCGUCUUUUAGACGCUCAUCACUUUCACGCCUGGGGUCCUCCAGAGAGCGUGACUCAGAGCUGUUGCGUGAACGUGAGUCUGUCUUGAGGUUACGUGAGCGCCGGUGGCUUGACGGGGCUUCCUUUGACACCGAGCGAGGCUCCACCAGCCGUGAGGGUGAGCCUAGCCUCGACAAGAAAAGCAUCCCAGUCCAGAGUCCCGUUUCCCUAGGAGAGGAGCUCCAGUGGUGGCCUGACAAGGAUGGUGUGAAGUUUGUGAGCAUUGGAGCCAUGUUCUCUGAGCUGGUAGCUGUGAGCUCCAAAGGAGAGCUGUAUCAGUGGAAGUGGAGCGAACCUGAACCCUACAGGAAUGCGCAGAAUCCUUCCAUUCAUCACCCUCGUGUGUCCUUCCUGGGCCUGGCUAACGAGAAGAUCACUUUACUGGCUGCCAAUAGUAUUAGAGCCACUGUAGCAACAGAGUCCAACAAGGUGGCCACCUGGGUCGAUGAUACUCUGAGCACCGUAGCCUCUAAACUGGAGCACAGCGCUCAGGCUUUCCCUGAGCUACAGGGGGAGCGCAUGGUGUCCCUGCACUGCUGUGCACUUUACACAUGUGCACAGCUGGAGAAUAGCCUCUACUGGUGGGGUGUUGUGCCUUUUAGUCAAAGAAAGAAGAUGCUUGAGAAGGCCAGAGCCAAGAACAAAAAGCCAAAGUCCAGCGCCGGCAUAUCCUCAAUUCCCAACAUCACUGUGGGAACGCAGGUGUGUCUGAGGAAUAACCCCCUCUACCAUGCUGGUGCAGUGGCCUUUUCUGUCAGUGCCGGAAUUCCCAAAGUAGGCGUCCUGCUGGAGUCUGUUUGGAACAUGAACGACAGCUGCAGAUUCCAGCUGCGCUCACCAGAGAGCCUCAAGAACAUGGAGAAGACCACAAAGACCCAGGAAAUCAAAAUGGAAAGUAAACCGGAACUGGUGAAGACUGAGAUGGGUCCUCCUCCAUCCCCUGCUUCUACCUGCAGCGAUGCUUCCUCCAUUGCGAGCAGUGCUUCUCUGCCCUACAAACGGAGGCGUUCCACCCCAGCUCCCAAAGAGGAGGAGAAAGUGAACGAGGAGCAGUGGCCUCUCAGAGAGGUGGUCUUUGUGGAGGAUGUCAAAAAUGUUCCUGUAGGAAAGGUUCUGAAGGUGGAUGGUGCAUAUGUUGCUGUAAAGUUUCCUGGGACGUCGAGUAGCGUGAACAACCAGAGCACUGCUGCUCCCACUGACUCAGACCCAUCAUCGCUGCUGCAGGAUUGUAGACUCCUCAGAAUAGAUGAGCUUCAGGUGGUCAAAACUGGUGGGACUCCAAAAGUUCCCGAUUGUUUUCAGCGAACCCCUAAAAAACUCUGUAUCCCAGAGAAAGCAGAGAUUCUGGCUGUAAAUGUUGACUCCAAAGGAGUCCACGCAGUGCUGAAAACUGGUAACUGGGUGAGGUACUGUAUCUUUGACCUGGCCACUGGCAAAGCAGAGCAGGAAAAUAACUUUCCUACAAGUAACGUGGCCUUUCUGGGACAGAGUGAACGCAAUGUGGCCAUCUUUACUGCAGGACAGGAGUCUCCUGUUAUCCUUAGAGAUGGAAAUGGCACAAUUUAUCCCAUGGCUAAAGACUGCAUGGGUGGAAUUAGAGAUCCUGACUGGUUGGAUCUGCCUCCUAUAAACAGCCUGGGAAUGGGGGUACACUCUCUGGUCAAUCUCCCAUCCAACUCCACCAUCAAAAAGAAGGCUGCUAUUAUUAUUAUGGCUGUUGAGAAACAGACAUUGAUGCAGCAUGUGCUACGUUGUGACUAUGAGGCAUGUCGACAAUAUCUGAUGAACCUCGAGCAAGCCUUCCUUUUGGAUCAGGGCAGCCAGGCCCUUGGAGCACUUCUGAGCCAUCGAUGUGAUGGAAACCGCAACAUCCUUCAUGCUGCCGUAUCCGUCUGCUUCCCUGUUAGUAACAAAGAGACCAAAGAGGAGGAAGAAGCUGAAAGGUCAGAGAGGAACACAUUUGCUGAGCGUCUGUCUGCUGUUGAAGCAAUUGCCAAUGCUAUCUCUGUGGUAUCGAGCAAUAGCUCAGGAAAUAGAACAGGCUCUAACAGCAGAGGGCUUCGUCUAAGGGAGAUGAUGAGGAGGUCUCUCAGAGCUGCAGGUCUUGGCCGCCAUGAGUCUGGCCCUUCAUCCAGUGACCAUCAAGACCCAGUCUCCCCACCCAUUGCUCCACCAAGUUGGGUUCCAGACCCCCCACCUAUGGACCCUGAUGGGGACAUUGACUUUAUUCUUGCGCCAGCUGUUGGUUCACUAACAACUGCCUCCUCUGGCACUAGCCAAGGACCCAGCACCUCCACCAUACCAGGACCAUCAACUGAGCCGUCUGUGGUUGAGUCGAAGGACAGGAAAGCCAAUGCUCACCUUAUCCUCAAGCUGAUGUGUGAUAGUGUUGUCCUGAGGCCACACCUACGAGACCUGCUCUCUGCAAAGGAUGCCAGAGGAAUGACUCCAUUCAUGCUGGCUGUCAGUGGGAGAGCCUACCCAGCAGCUAUUACUGUGCUUGAAGCUGCUCAAAAAAUUGCCAAGAUGGGUGACCCGAGCAUCACUGAGAAAGAGGAUGCAGAUACGGUGUUCAUGGAAAUGAUUUGUCCCUCUGGAACCAACCCAGAUGAUUCUCCGCUCUAUGUCCUCUGUUGCAACGACACCUGCAGUUUCACCUGGACUGGAGCCGAGCAUAUUAACCAGGACAUCUUUGAGUGUCGAACAUGUGGACUGCUCGAGUCUCUCUGCUGCUGCACCGAGUGUGCCAGAGUGUGUCACAAAGGACACGACUGCAAGUUGAAAAGGACUUCUCCUACAGCAUACUGUGACUGCUGGGAAAAAUGCAAGUGCAAAACACUUAUAGCAGGCCAGAAGGCUGCUCGGCUAGACUUAUUGUACAGGUUACUCACAACCACAAACCUGGUCACUACACCAAACAGCAGGGGGGAACACAUUUUACUGUUCCUGGUUCAGACUGUUGCCAGGCAAAGUGUUGAGCACUGUCAGUACAGACCGCCACGCAUUAGAGAGGACAGGAACCGCAAAUCUGCUAAUGCAGAAGACUCUGAUAUGCCAGAUCAUGACCUUGAGCCUCCUCGCUUUGCUCAGCUGGCUCUGGAGAGGGUCCUGCAGGACUGGAACGCCCUCAAAUCUAUGAUAAUGUUUGGUUCUCAGGAAAACAAAGAUCCACUUAGUGCCAGCAGCAGAAUUGCUCACCUCCUGCCUGAAGAACAGGUGUACUUGAAUCAGCAGAGUGGCACCAUUCGCCUUGACUGUUUCACACACUGCCUCAUCGUCAAGUGUGCUCCUGACAUCACUUUUAUAGAUACAUUACUUGGAACUUUGGUAAAGGAGCUGCAGAACAAGUAUACGCCCGGCCGGAGAGAGGAGGCGAUCACCGUCACAAGGAGGUUUCUGCGCUCCGUAGCUCGGGUGUUUGUUAUUCUCAGUGUAGAGAUGGCCUCAUCCAAAAAGAAAAACAACUUCAUCCCCCAGCCCAUUGGGAAAUGUCGGCGCGUGUUCCAGGCUUUGUUGCCGUACGCUGUGGAGGAGUUGUGUAAUGUGGCAGAGUCGCUCAUUGUUCCGGUGCGAAUGGGUAUCACAAGACCCACAGCUCCUUUCACUUUGGCUAGCACGAGCAUAGAUGCAGUUCAGGGCAGCGAGGAGCUUUUCUCUGUGGAACCGCUACCUCCAAGACCCUCCCCGGACCAGUCCAGCAGCUCAAGCCAAACAGCUGCCUCUUACAUCAUCAGGAACCCCCAGCCUCGGCGCAGCAGCCAGUCUCAGCCCGUCAGAGGAAGAGACGAGGAGCAGGACGACAUUGUGUCAGCAGAUGUUGAAGAGGUUGAAGUUGUAGAAGGAGUUGCAGGGGAGGAGGACCAUCACGAUGACCAAGAGGAACAGGGAGAGGAAAACGCCGAAGCAGAGGGGCAGCAUGAUGAGCACGAUGAAGACGGAAGUGACAUGGAGUUGGACCUGCUGGCGGCAGCUGAAACAGAGAGCGACAGUGAAAGCAACCACAGCAAUCAGGAUAAUGCAAGUGGCCGCAGGAGUGUCGUCACUGCAGCAACCGCCGGCUCAGAAGCAGGUGCCAGCAGUGUUCCUGCCUUCUUUUCAGAGGACGACUCCCAGUCGAACGACUCGAGUGAUUCGGACAGCAGCAGCAGUCAGAGCGAUGAUGUCGACCAAGAGACAUUUCUUUUAGAUGAGCCGCUGGAAAGGACUACCAGCGCCUCACAUGCCAACACUGCAGCCCAGGCUCCUCGCUCCAUGCAGUGGGCUGUUAGAAACACCCCGAGCCAAAGGACCAGUGGAGGUGCUCCCUCCAGCUCUUCAACUCCAGCUGCGAGCUCCACGGGUUUGAUCUAUAUCGAUCCUACAAAUCUGCGCCGUUCCAGUGCAAUUAGUUCCAGUGCAGCGGCGGCGGCAGCAGCUCUGGAGGCCAGCAACUCCAGCAGCUACCUGACGUCUGCCAGCAGUCUCGCUCGUGCCUACAGCAUCGUCAUCAGGCAGAUAUCAGACCUCAUGAGUCUGAUUCCAAAAUAUAACCAUCUUGUCUACUCUCAGUAUCCUGCUGCUGUAAAGCUCUCCUACCAAGAUGCCGUCAACCUGCAGAACUAUGUUGAAGAAAAGCUGAUUCCAACCUGGAAUUGGAUGGUGUCCAUCAUGGAUUCCACGGAGGCUCAGUUACGAUAUGGCUCAGCUCUGUCGUCGGCUGGAGACCCUGGUCACCCCAGUCACCCGCUUCACGCCUCUCAGCACUCUGCUCGCAGGGAACGCAUGACUGCUCGGGAGGAGGCCAGCCUCCGCACUUUGGAAGGUCGCAGGAGGGCGGCCACUCUGUUGACUGCCCGUCAAGGCAUGAUGUCGGCGCGCGGCGACUUCCUGAACUACGCGCUCUCUCUGAUGCGCUCUCACAAUGAUGAGCAUUCCGAUGUCCUUCCUGUCCUGGACGUGUGCUCGCUAAAGCAUGUGGCCUACGUUUUCCAGGCGCUCAUUUACUGGAUAAAGGCCAUGAACCAGCAAACCACCCUGGACACCCCACAGAUGGAUAGAAAGAGGAAUCGAGAGACUUUGGAGCUUGGUCUGGACAAUGAGGAUUCUGAGCACGAAAACGAUGAGGACACUAAUCAAAGUUCAACUCUACAAGACAAAGAUGAAGACCCAGUUCCAGCUGAGACGGGUCAGAACCACCCCUUCUUUCGCCGCUCGGACUCCAUGACCUUCCUGGGCUGCAUCCCACCCAACCCUUUUGAUGUUCCUCUUGCAGAGGCCAUUCCACUGGCAGACCAGCCCCAUCUCCUGCAGCCCAAUGCAAGGAAGGAGGAUCUGUUUGGCCGUCCCUCCCAGGGCUUGUACUCUUCCUCUUACAUGACAGCCAAAGGCCCGGCAGAGACGAGCGUGGACAGGAACUGCCUGGAGAUCCUUCCCACAAAGAUGUCUUACACAGCCAACCUAAAAAAUGUUAUGAGCAUGGAAACGGGCCAGCGGAGCACCGAGAACCCAACACUGAGCGAACAGGAGCUGGGGGCUUCCAAACUGGGACCUUCGCCGCAUGACCUCGCUGCUCAGCUGAAGAGCAGCCUGCUCGCAGAGAUCGGUCUCACUGAGAGCGACGGUCCUCCUCUCCCAUCUUUCAGACCUCACUGCAGUUUCAUGGGGAUGAUGAUCUCGCAUGAUAUGCUUCUUGGCCGCUGGCGUCUGUCACUUGAACUUUUUGGUCGUGUCUUCAUGGAGGAUGUAGGAGCAGAACCUGGAUCGAUUCUCACUGAGUUGGGUGGCUUUGAGGUGAAGGAAUCCAAGUUCCGAAGAGAGAUGGAGAAAUUAAGGAACCUUCAGUCUCGGGACCUGGCCCUGGAGGUGGACCGUGAUCGAGACCAGUUAAUACAGCAGACGAUGCGCCAGCUGAAUGCACACUUUGGCAGGCGGUGCACAACCACCCCCAUGGCUGUUCACCGGGUCAAGGUCACCUUUAAAGAUGAGCCUGGCGAAGGCAGCGGCGUAGCCCGCAGCUUCUAUACAGCCAUCGCGCUGGCCCUCCUCUCAAACGAUAAGCUGCCCAACCUGGACUGUGUUCAGAGCGUCAGUAAGGGCAUGCAGGCCAGCAGUACGUGUCAUCACGAUUACAAUUCAAAUCUAAUGCAACGUCUAAGGAACAGAGACCGGGAACGAGAGAGGAGAAGUGGAGGACUUCGAGCAGGAUCUCGGAGAGAUCGAGACAGAGAUUCAAGGAGGCAGUUGUCGAUAGACACCAGGCCCUUUAGGCCCUCAUCAGAGGGAAACCCCAGUGAUGAGCCCGACCCUCUGCCUGCACACAGACAAGCCCUUGGAGAAAGACUCUACCCACGAGUUCACGCAAUGCAGCCGGCAUUUGCUAGUAAAAUUACAGGCAUGUUGCUGGAGUUGUCUCCUGCUCAGCUGCUGCUGCUCCUAGCUAGCGAGGACUCGCUCCGAGCCAGAGUAGAAGAGGCGAUGGAGCUUCUCAUUGCACAUGGAAGGGAAAACGGUGCCGACAGCAUACUGGAUCUCGGGCUCCCUGAGGCUCCAGAAAAAGCACAGCAGCAGGAGAACCGUAAGCGUCAUGGUUCAACACGCAGUGUGGUUGACAUGGAGCUGGAUGACCCAGAUGAUGGGGAUGACAACGCUCCUCUUUUCUACCAGCCUGGCAAACGAGGCUUCUACUCCCCUCGACCGGGCAAAAAUACAGAGGCCAGGCUCAACUGUUUCCGUAACAUCGGCAGAAUCCUGGGGUUAUGUCUGCUGCAGAAUGAACUCUGUCCAAUCACUCUGAACAGACACGUCAUCAAAGUGCUGCUUGGUAGAAAGGUGAACUGGCAUGACUUUGCUUUCUUUGACCCGGUCAUGUAUGAGAGCUUGAGACAGCUGAUCCGCCACUCACAGACGGGUGAAGCAGAUGCAGUUUUUGCUGCCAUGGAUCUGGCCUUUGCCAUUGAUCUCUGCAAGGAGGAAGGAGCUGGACAGGUGGAGCUUCUGUCAGGUGGGGUCAACAUGCCCGUAACUCCCAUCAAUGUGUACGAGUACGUGAGGAAGUACGCUGAGCACAGAAUGCUGGUGGUAGCUGAACAACCGCUCCAUGCGAUGAGGAAGGGUUUGCUGGAUGUACUUCCUAAAAACGCCCUUGAGGAUCUAACAGCAGAAGACUUCAGACUGCUGGUCAAUGGUUGUGGAGAGGUCAACGUCCAGAUGCUGAUCAGCUUCACUUCGUUCAAUGAUGAAUCAGGGGAAAAUGCAGACAAACUUCUCCAGUUUAAACGAUGGUUUUGGUCCAUAGUAGAAAAGAUGAGCAUGACUGAGAGGCAAGAUCUGGUGUACUUCUGGACCUCCAGCCCGUCUCUGCCAGCCAGCGAGGAGGGCUUCCAGCCCAUGCCCUCCAUCACUAUCCGGCCUCCAGAUGACCAGCACCUCCCCACAGCCAACACCUGCAUUUCACGUCUCUACGUGCCACUCUACUCCUCCAAACAAAUACUUAAACAGAAACUCCUGCUAGCCAUUAAGACCAAGAAUUUUGGUUUUGUGUAGAAGUUCCACAGAAAAGAGUUUAAAGAUUAAAAGAAUAACACGUUUACUGUUGUGUAAUAUUUACCUAGCUCCAUUUUUGUAGAUUUUUUUUGUCCAGUUUUAUGAAAUGGCAUAAGGUCACUAUCUCCAGAUGUGUUAAUAAUUGUUUGUGUUGUGAACACAAACAGCAUUUUAUUUUUUUUGUUUCUUUUGUUGCAAUGAAGAGGUAUACGGUCCAGAACAUUCCUGUAUUGGCACUGUAAAACAUAAAGCCCACAGCUCUGUUCUAUUGGCUUAAACCUUUGUUUUUCCCAGGAAGUGUGUUUGACAGUAACCUGUCAGCCGAAAACUUAGCCAAAGAUGACAGCAGUAGAAAUAAUAAAAAGAAGAGACACUGUGAUUCAUUUCUUUUUCCUUCCCAAGAAAAGUACUAUCACUGACAGUUCACUGCUGCCUUUGUGGAGAGUCUUUUUUUUCUUGUACAGGGGGAGUAGGGAAUUUCAGAAUAAACUUGGAUGUAAA